AUGCCAUUGCCGCGCAAGAUUCUCAUUGUAGGAGGGGGUGUCUUUGGAUUAUCCACCGCCCUCUCUCUGUCAAAGCGACACCCUGAAUCCGAAGUAACGGUAGUAGAGUCCUCUCCGAUAAUUCCUAAUCCACACGGCUCAUCCGUCGACACAUCACGGAUUGUGCGCGCCGACUACGCAAACGCAGCGUACUCCAAGCUCGCAGCAGCCGCCAUUGAGCGCUGGCGCAACACAGAAUGGGGUCGCGAAGGUCGUUACACCCAAAAUGGGUUGCUCCUAGUGUAUCCCGCCGACAGCGCCAGCGCCAAGGAGUAUGCCCGUAAGAGCUAUGCCAACGUCCGCCAGAUCGAAGGCGUUAACGUCGAGUUCCUGCCCACGCAGAAAGAUGUGCUCAAGGUUGUUCCGGCCUAUGGAUCGGAACUCGACGUCGCCGGCGGGUACGUGAACUGGGGAUCUGGAUGGUCUGAUGCAGCGGCGAGCGUGAGCUAUGCGAAAUCUCUCCUCGAUGCCGACGGCAAGGUCAUCUUCCGCACCGGCGAUGUCGAGCGUGUACUCUACUCUACUGCCAGUGGCAAAUCCAAGGCUACUGGCGUUGCCUUUGCUGAUGGCGCAACGCUUGAGGCUGACCUUGUCGUACUUGCGACUGGCGCGUGGUCCUCGAAGCUUGUCGAUCUGCGCGGACGGGCUGUUGCUACCGGCCAGGCAAUUGCGUACAUGCGCAUCUCGGAUGAGGAGCAGCGCGAGUUGGAGAACCUGCCUACGAUUCUGAACUUUGCGACUGGUAUCUUCAUCAUCCCGCCGCGUAAUAAACUGCUCAAGAUCGCGCGGCAUGCAUUUGGGUAUCGGAAUCCAACUGCGGUGCCGGUGCCCGGUGAGAACGAAGGUCGUACUAUGGAGGUUAGUUUGCCCGAGAAGGGGGUUCCUGUUCCUCUCGAGGGACAGAAUUCGUUCCGAGUUGCACUGAGGCAGCUGCUGCCUCGAUUUGCGGAGAGGGAGUUUGUUGACACGAGGGUUUGUUGGUACACUGAUACGCCCAAGGGUGACUUUAUUAUUUCCUACCAUCCUGACCAUGAAGGUCUAUUCCUUGCUACUGGUGGUAGUGGUCAUGCGUUCAAGUUCUUCCCCGUUAUUGGCGACAAGGUUGUCGAUGCGAUGGAGGGAUCGCUUGACCCUGAGCUGCGUGAGAUGUGGACAUGGGCCGGUGCUGCUGUGUCUGAUGGUGAAGAUUUUGACGGUGAUGGCAGUCGCUCUGGGGAGAGGAGAGCGAACUUGAAAAACGAGUUGGCAAAGACGAAUAAGGCCUCGCGACGCAGCGUGCUAUAA